AUGUCGUGUGAUUCUUCCCUCUGUAUCUUCUUGUCUUCAAUGUCCCGUUCUUCCCUCUGUAUCUCUUGUCUUCAAUGUCCCAGCUUCCUCUGUGUCUCCUUCCAAUGUAUCUUGUUCUUCCUUCUUUCAAUGUCCUUCUUCCCUCUGUGUCUCUUGUCUUCAAUGUCGUUGAUUUUCCCCCACUGUAUCUCUUUUUUCCAAUGUCUCAAUGUCCUUUCUUCCCUCUAUCUCUUGUCUUCCAAUGUCGUUUCUUCCCUCUGUAUCUCUUGUGUCUUCCCCUCCUCUUGUCUUCCAAUGUCCCAUUGUUUUUUUCCCCUCUGUAUCUCUUGUCUUCACGUCUUCACUGUGUCAUUCUUCCCCUCUGUAUCUCUUGUCUUCCAAUGUCGUGUGAUUCUUCCCCUCUGUAUGUCUCAUCUUCACUGUCGUAUUGAUUCUUCCCCUCUGAUUCUUCCCUCUAUCUCUUGUCUUCCAAUGUCCCGUGUGAUUCUUCCCUCUGUAUAUCUUUUGUCUUCACGUCCAGUGAUUCUUCCCUCCCCCUAUUCUUCCCCUUGUCUUGUCUUCACUGUCCCGUGUGAUUCUUUCCCUCUGUAUCUCUGUAUCUCGUGUGAUUCUUCUCCUGUCUUCUGUCCCGGAUUCUUCCCUGUAUGUCUUGUCUUUAAUGUCCUGUGUGAUUCUUCCCUCUGUAUCUUUGUCUUCAAUGUCCCGUGUGAUUCUUCCCCUGUAUCUCUUGUCUUCAAUGUCCUGUGUGAUUCUUCCUCUGUAUCUCUUGUCUUCAAUGUCCCGUGUGAUUCUUCCUUCAUUAUCUCCCCUCUCUGUAUCUCUUGUCUUCAAAGUUUCUUCUGUAUCUCUUGUCUUCAAUGUCCUGUGUGA